UUGAUCUUCAAUGAUACCAAUUCAAAUAAAGAAACUGUACAAACAAAAAAAUACGCAUACAGAAACGGACGCCAAUCUUUCUUCGCCAAGUCUCCACACACAUCCAUCCCCCCUCUCUCUCGCUCUCUCUGUUGGAUGACGCAGUAUGAGCUGAAGCUUCUCUGCGAUCUCCCAUGGACUCGCUUACGUUGAAACCCACGUUCACCUCUUUCUACCCAUCUCCUCUCUUUUUAACUUCUAUCAACAGAUUCGAAGCUUCCACCGUCUCCUUCUGCUGUAAACCCCAUUCCAAUCCCAUAUGCCCUCAGCCUGAUUACGGCACGAAUCGUAUUCUACGAAUAAACCCCUAUUUGAUUUUGCGCUCAAUCUUUCGGAGAAUCAAGGGGCUCGCUUCGUCUCAAUCCCAGAGAUGGGUCUCCCGUUCUCAAGCUUACAGGGACGACACGGCGGCGUUCUCGGAGCAGUUCGCCGGAGAUUGGGAGAAGCACGGCGGAUUCGGUACGGCGCUCCUGAGCGUGACGGCGAGUGCCAAGGUUAAGAUCAGUCCCUUCGUGGCGACUCUCGCGGCUAACCCGACGUUCGUGUCGGGUCUCGUCGCGUGGUUUGUAGCUCAAUCCAUCAAAGUGUUUCUUAAUUUCUUCGUGGAGAGAAAAUGGGAUUUCCGGAUACUGUUCGCCUCUGGGGGAAUGCCUUCGUCUCAUUCGGCUCUCUGUAUGGCUCUGACGACCUCCGUGGCUCUCUGCCAUGGAGUGGCAGAUUCGUUAUUUCCCGUCUGCUUGGGCUUUAGUCUAAUCGUCAUGUACGAUGCCAUCGGCGUCAGACGCCACGCCGGCAUGCAAGCUGAGGUACUGAACUUGAUCAUAAGGGAUUUGUUCGAGGGGCACCCCAUCAGUCAGAGGAAGCUAAAGGAGCUGCUCGGCCACACUCCUUCGCAGGUUCUUGCUGGAGCAGUGCUCGGUAUUUUGGUUGCUUGUUUCUGUUGCCAAGGCUGCCUCAUUCCCUGAUCCAUCUCUUUUGUUCAAACCUUCCCCAUGCUUUGAUUAUUGGCCUUUGUUCAUUUGGUAUUGGCCAACAAGAUUCAUGUUGUAUUAUAUAUGGUCUUCACCCAUAAAGGAACUCCAUUUUUGUGAUUGCCUAGAACACGAAUUGAGAGUUUCAUCUGUCUUAAGUUAUCUCCAGUUCUUUAUGGAGUAGGGUUUCUAUGUUAGAAUUUGGCUCCCUUUCUUGUAAACCUCUGUCUUCAUUCAUUAUGCUGUAGGGGUUGGUUUCAGUGACCGGUUCGGUUACUUCAAUUCAA